CUUCAUUCAAUAAGGUUGUUUUUUCCGCAUUCAUACAACAGAAAAGUAGGAUGAUACUAGUAAACUGAUGCACAGCCAACACCGUAGGUGGCGGCAUUCACCUAUAACAUUUGUUUGCGGUGCCCCAUAAUACAAAAGAAGAAGGAGAGCUGCAAUGAAUCAUCGGACUUAGUUGGCUCGCUAGCUAGGUAGGUUAGCAAAGCAGCCACACUGUUUAGCUAAGCUGGAAUGUGGCGCAACGUCCCUUGUCUGAACUGUGUUUGUGAAACAUUUUGAAUAGCGACGAUGAACUGAUUUUCGUCAAGUUGAUCCACAGCUCGUUUUGACUAUCGGUCAUUUGAUCUGGACCUCUUUACUCGAACGAAGUGACGGACCUUAACUAGUUAACCAGCUGCUAUUUUGCUAACUUUGAUGUUAGCAAGUAGCCUGUACGCGUAAAUGCUUUACACGAGAAUGGACCUGUUGAACUAUCAGUUCCUGGACAAAAUGAACAACAAUAUCGGGAGACUACACUACGAAGCUGAAUCUUCUCUUACAGGUGAGUCCAGGAUUCCCUCGCUGCCCUCUGCAAUGACCAACAUGAGGACCGGUCCUCCCCCCAUCUGCCCCAGCAAAAGGAAGUAUGGCGAGGAGCAAGUGGAUGACCGCAUUGACUGUGACAAUGACCACAUGACCAAAAUGAGCAGACUGUUUGCUGCUCAACUGGGACGGCCUGCCGGUGGAGACAACCGCAGCGAUCCUUGGAGCCUCGGACACAGCCCUGUGGAGCACAUCACUUCCUCCUCCAAUGGUCUCCAUGACAACCACAUGUAUGCCUCCAUCCCCUCCUAUGGCUUGGACCAGCCCCUGGCUCUGACUAAAAACAGCCUGGAAUCUGGACUGGGUGGCGCAGAGAGGCCUGCCAUGCCUGGCCCUGUGGACAGACCACAGAAUCGUCCCUCUGUGAUCACCUGUGCUCCUGCAAGCAAUCGCAAUUGCUACCGGUCUCACUGCCACAAGUCUCACAGUCCCAGCCCACCCAUCGAUCAGAGGAAGGCCAAUGCUAACACUGCCGUCGACCCUGUGAUCGAAGAGCACUUCCGCCGCAGCCUGGGGAAGAACUACAAGGAGCCCGAGCCCAUCUCCAACUCUGUGUCCAUCACAGGCUCUGUGGAUGACCACUUUGCCAAGGCCUUGGGGAAGACCUGGCUCCAGAUCAAGGCCAAGGGGCCAGGGGGAGGCCCCCACAGUCCAGAGGCCAACUCCUGAGAGAUGGGCUGAGCCUCCCUCAUUGUUGAGUGGUGAAACACAAUCACUCCUUUUGUCUGUGGCAUCAGAUAAGGGCACAGAUUGACCUUCCUAUACCAUUCAUUGUCAAGCUUGACAUCCCUGAGCUCAGAACAACGGUGACAAACAUGCUAAACAAGACGAUCAGUUUGAAUACUGUAUUGUACACCAAGACUGUCUUUUUACGGACCUGGGGGGUGGCUUCUGCUCCUAUUAAAUGACUGACUCAGAUCUGGGAGGAUUUGAUACAUUUGUUCAGUUAGGGCAGUUUUGGAUUGAGUCCAAGUGUGUAAAUUCUUCCUUUUUGAAGGCAGAAAUAUCAAUUUGAGGAGCCCUCUAGGACCAGUAUUAGUCAGCCCUGAUGUCAUCUUUGAGUUCUUCUAUUGAUAAUAACAAUUUAAAAAAAAACAUUUUAAAGACUUAACCCUGACAGAGAUUCCCAAAACGAUCAAAUAAUGUAAGCCUUUGAGAAGGUGUUCUGUCUUAACUCCCUCAUGCCUUCUUUAUUAGCCAAAGAACUCACCUGCCACUUCAAACAAAAAGCCAUAGUCUGGUUAGCCCCUCUUCUGUCUCCAUCAUCCUGCCAUCUCCUUUAACUCUCCACUCACCCUGUAACCCUGUGUUUGAGUGUGUUUUUACUUGGAAAGGAAGGCCGGCUCUGAUUUGCACUAUUAUGUGUUAGAUUGAGGUAGGGGUAACGGCAUAUCUGUUUCAUUUGGAGCAUACCAUUUUUGGGGGGGAUUAUUAAUACCUUUUUUUUUACAAUACUAACUGUGGUAACGCAAUUAAGGCUCGGGCCUCCCUCCGGUCUGAAUGUUUCUCUUUUUCUCUCCCACUAUUCUGAACUGGACUCACUUUCUUAUUUGUGGACUUUACAUUUUGUUUUGAUCCUUUUUGUUCUCCUAAUACUCACUGUGGUUAAUUUCAUAGAUACAGUUGGUAAUAAGGAUAGUAUUCUGCUUACUGAGAUGCAUGUUUCAAAUAGCUGGUAUCUAUUAUAAGCCUUGUUAUUCUAUACUAUUUACCAUCAGAAUUUAUUUUUGUCAGUAACCGUUUUAGAAAUAUUCACUGCUGGUACAGUCGUACUAAAUAUAUUUUUUUGUAUCUGGUUUUCAUUAGAAUAUAUAUCUAUACACACGCAUCCAUCUACAAAACGCAGCCUCUGGCAAGGCUGUCUGGCUGCAGUAUAAUAGGCUCGAUUGCAUUGUUAUUCUGUGGAUGCUAUGACUGAAUACAGUAAACAUUGAACAUCUGUAGUCAACUCCUAGAUGGAACAGUCCUAUCUUCACCAUGCCAUUUAGUCAUGAUUUUAUUUACUCUAAUCUGUUUAGUUUCAGUUCAACUUCCAUUUGAACUUUGAAUGCUAUCAAAUUGACUAACUUUUGUUAGAUUGACUAGUAAUGAGGAUUUCUACUCAACUCUUUAUUUUUGAAAGUGUAGUAGUUUAUUAACCCUAAAACCGAAAAUGCUGGUGACUUCACACACAUGUAUCAUGGCUGGCCUUGAACAAAACCCUUGCUCAUGCUUGUCUUGAGACAAUGGCAUGAACAUUCCACCAUUACUACCCAACUCCAUUUUAUGUUUCAAGUAAGAGCUGGUAAGAUUUGUGGAUUGAGGAUAGCUUCUCUUCAAUUUGGGGUGUUUCCUUCGUGUAGCCUAAACUGUAAGGGAGUAAAAAAAAAACAGAACAGAAUCCAGGGUAGUACCACUCUAGAACAUCUAAUGUACUGAAGGUGCGGGUUAUACAGAUUAAUACAGUUGUAUGAAUUAUUUCCAUUUCAUUUAGUAAAUCUAUGGGUUAACACUAUGUUAUAGUACGUUGACAUUGUUUUAGUCACCUCUCAGCUCUUUGAGAAUUAUGUACUUGCAUCCAAUAUUCUGCACACUGUUUAAGAAUUACUACGAACUAUUAUAUUCCGUUUUUCUUUAAUUUGUAAAGACUAUCAUUGCGCGGCGCGUAAAGAUCCUAUACAUUUUUAAAAACAACUUUAUACUGUAUAUCCAGCCAUUGGAUAUUCAUUAUACUCUAACGAUGCAUUUUUAUCUAUCUAAAAAGUUGAUUUUUUUUUUUUUUCUCCAGAGUUGUCUGAGGUGUGAUAAGUGCAGGAACACACUUGUCAUUCUAUGAAUAAGGCUCUCUUGGCAUAAAGGGGGCGGCAAGUAGCCUAGCAGUUAAGCGCAUUGGGCCAGUAACCGAAAAGUCGCUGGUUCGAAUCCCAGAGCCAACAAGGUCAAAAAUCUGUAUGUGCCCUUGAGCAAGGCACUUAACACUAAUUGCUCCAUCUAAAUGUACACUGAAUAAAAUUAUAAAUGCAACAUGGUAAGUGUUGGUCCCAUGUUUCAUGAGCUGAAAUAAAAGAUCCCGGACUUUCCAUACGCAGAAAAUUUCUCUCAAAUUUUUUACAUCCCUGUUAGUGAGCAUUUGUCCUUUGCCAAGAUAAUCCAUCCACCUGACAGAUGUGCAAUAUCAAGAAUAUGUUUAAACAGCAUGAUCAUUACACAGGUGCACCUUGUGCUGGGGACAAAAGGCUGCUCUAAAAUGUGCUGUUUUGUCCCACAACACAAUGCCACAGAUGUCUCAAGUUUUGGGGGAGUGUGCAAUUAGCAAGUUGACUGCAGGAAUUUCCACCAGAGCUGUUGCCAGAGAAUUUAAUGUUAAUUUAGAGAAUUUGGUAGUAUGUCCAACUGGCCUCACAUCCGCAAACCACGUCUAUGGCGUCAUGUGGAUGGUUUGCUGUCAAUGUUGUGAACAGAGUGCCCCAUGGUGACGGUGGGGUUAUGGAAUUGCCAUGAAACCAGCCGCAAACUAGAUUCAUAUCUGUAUUCCCAGUCAUGUAAAAUCCAUAGAUUAGGGCCAAAUUAUGAUUUCCUCAUAUCAAAUGAAAUUGUUGCAUUUAUAUUUUUGUUCAGUAUAAAGAUAAUGUCAGGGUGACAUUACUGCUGCAUGUUUUGAGUCUGUUUCUAUACUGCAGUGGAACUGUAAGGGCUUAUCACGAGUUGUCUCUCAGUGAUAUGUUGGGGUUUAAUGUUCCAAUGUUAUUUAAUUGGUAUUCGACUGCUUGUGCCUCUAAACGACAAGUCACAGGAACUAGACUAACUGUGGCUUCACAUGGGAAACUACAUUGCCUUUUACUUUUUGUUAAUCUUUUAUUUACUUUAUUUUUGUCUUAUUUUUUUCAAAAGAAAAUGUCGCUUUUUUUGUACUUGAUUUCUCCUAAAUAAACUUUCAAAUGCUCUCUCAGUCCAGUAUUUUAAUGUUUUUUUGUUUUGUUUCAUCAAUAUUUGUCGAACAAUGUAAUUCACCAUUCAGACUUUGGGCAAUUUUCACAUUUUCACAACAGAACCCAGCCCAUUGUCAUGAAACCAGCCGCAAGCUAGGUUUCCAUCCAAUUGGCAAAUAUUUCAUGUGAAUUUUCUAAAGCUGGCAAAAAAACAAUACGCACAUUUUCCCACCAUCAAAUUGACUUGUUGCUGAUUAAAGGCUUUGCGUAAUGACGUAGUGCACAUAAAGAAAACUUGCACUUAAAUGGUCAUGUACCAAAAAAAAAAAAAAAAAAA